AUGUCCGUAAUUGGUGUAGAAAAGAUCUUUUCCAAGGCCGAUGACGAGAUUUUCCAAUCCUCAGGGCUUGCGCCUGGCGAGCGGCAAGCGGCGGCGGACAUGUGCCGCUCCUCCCCAGCUCAAGAUCCGAUAUUCUCUUCAUCUUCUCCGACAACGACUCACCUCCACAACAAUCUUCCACCCCUCCUCCCCUUCCCUUUCUUACCAAUCACCCACUCGACCGACCAUGGUGUCCAUCGCUGCGACCACGCUCCGAACAGCCCGCACAGCUCGUGCAGUGAGUUAAUCCUCUCUGCCCAUGCUAACUCUCAGCUCCCCUCGUGCUCCCGCGCUCUCGCGACGGCCGCCGAUGCCGCUCCCCAGCAGCCUGCCAAGCGGCGGUUCGCCAAGCUCGACGAUGGACUUACGUUUGACGACUUUGUGUCUGGCGAGCCUAUCCCGCCUGCCUCCGAGCGUGUCGUGCUCGGCAACACGUCGCAGCCGCGUCUCCCGAGUUUCCUGAAGCACCCCAUCCCGCGCGGCGAGUCUUACACGGGAAUCAAGAAGGACCUGCGUGGUCUGGGACUGCACACGGUGUGCGAGGAGGCCAAGUGCCCGAACAUUGGCGAGUGCUGGGGCGGCGGCAAGGGCGCGGCGACGGCGACCAUCAUGCUCAUGGGCGACACGUGCACGCGCGGGUGCCGCUUCUGCUCUAUCAAGACGGCGAAAGCCCCGCCGCCGCUCGACGUGCACGAGCCCGAGAACACGGCCGAGGCCAUCUCGCGCUGGGGACUGGGAUACAUUGUCCUGACCUCCGUGGACCGCGACGACCUCGCGGACGGAGGCGCCAAGCACAUCGCCGAGACGAUCGUCAAGAUUAAGCAGAAGGCGCCCAAGAUCCUUGUCGAGGCGCUCACCCCCGACUUUGCCAACAAGGGAGACGAGACGAUCAAGACGGUCGCGACGAGUGGACUCGACGUCUUUGCCCACAACAUUGAGACCGUCGAGCGGUGCACGCCCUUUGUCCGUGACCGCCGCGCUGGGUUCCGCCACUCCAUCGAGGUCCUCCGCAAGGCCAAGGCGUUCGCGAAGGAGGACGGAAAGGAGCUCCUCACCAAGACGUCGAUCAUGCUCGGUGUCGGCGAGCAGGAGGACGAGGUCCACCAUGCCCUUCAGUGUCUCCGCGACGCCGACGUCGACGUCGUCACUUUCGGCCAGUACAUGCGCCCGACAAAGCGCCACAUGAAGGUGGACCGCUACGUGGAGCCCGUCGAGUUUGCGCGCUGGAAGGAGGUCGCCGAGGGCAUGGGCUUCCUGUACGUUGCGUCGGGCCCGCUCGUGCGCUCCUCGUACAAGGCCGGCGAGUUCUUCAUUGAGAACGUGCUCAAGAAGCGUCGUGCGGCCGCGGCGGAGAAGGCCGCGGCGGAGCUGGCUGCCAAGAAGGAGCAGGAGGGCGCCGAGGCCAACCUCUAA